CCAUGGAAAAAGAAUUGGAGAAAAAAUUGGCCCAGAUAAAACGGCAGCUAGCGGAAAAAGAAAAAGAUGAAAUACAAAGAUUGAUCACGGAAAUGGACGAUAUACGAGCGGAAAAUCUGAAGAAGAUCAGGAGUGAAUUAGAAAUGUGUUACGAGAAGGAACGACAAGAUAUUCUUGAGAAUAUUAAAGCUGAAUUGGAUGAGCGGAAGAAGGAGUUAUUAGAAUUGAGAAACCGUGAAUUACAAGUACUUGAAAAUGAAUAUGAAGAUACUUUAGAUGGUGAUAAGUCUGUUAAGACGGUAGAGCAAGAAUUAACUCAACAAUAUAAUGGAAGAAUUGAAGCAUUGAAGAAAGAGCUUGAGCAGGAAUUCAGCGAUUUGAAAAAUACUCUGAGAUCGCAGCAGCGUGAAAAGAUCGCGAAACUCACAGAAGAUCAUGAAAAAUGUCUAGCAGACAUUCUAAGAGAUUUUAGGGUAGAUGAACGAUUAUCAAGAAAAUUAUAUAAACAGCGAUUAGACGAGAUUCGAUCGGAUUUGUCACGAGGAAUCGAUAAAGAAACAAAGAAAAUAUCCGACCAAGCAAACCGACAACAAAUCAUUGAUUUUGAAAAAGUACGAUGUGAAAAACGUUUAUUAGAGGAUAAAUACAAAACAUUGAAGGAAAAAUACUUGAAAUUGAAACACGAAGUUCGUGUAGCAGUAGAAAGACGAAGCAAGAGAAGGGAAAGCAAUACAACAGCAUCAGAAACCGAAAGAUCUGCAUCGACGAAAACGCGAACAGAGAAGAAUGAAUCAAUGGGUCAAAAAACGCCCUCGAGGAACCUAACUUUAAAUUCGAGAUCAAUCGAUGGUAAAAAUCAAAAUAUUGAUGAUGAAUCUGAAGAACAAAGACCACUAACAGGAUUCCGGCGUAUUGGUGACUUGAUAAAUACAGGAAAAUGUGAGUCCGAUGAUCCUACAACCGCCAGUGAAACUAUGAACUCAGAUGUACUCAAGAAGAAGAAAAAUUUCGCUAAAAAAGCUCUCACUAUCUCGAGAACCUCACAUGGUGAGAAUCAUAGUAAUAGUACCAAUAAUAAUAACGAUGAAAUUAUGGAGAAUCCUGUGGAGAACAUCAGGAAGCAACUAGAAAAGCUUGAAGAUUUAGGUGAUCAAUUACCGAGUAAUGAGACUGCAUAUACUUUGCGAUAUCCUUUUCAGGACAAAG